AUGGCUCCUUCUCCUUCUCCUCCUCCACAAGAUGAUUUUAGCUUCCCAACAAUCACCAAUACACCGCCACGUUUCCUUGAAUCACCACCUUUAUGGCGAGCAACGUCAGUUGCUUCCAGACACCUCGAAAAAAACCAUACAAGUGAUCAUAAUAUUGCAUAUUCUACGAAAGGAGAAGAUCAUGAAGAAAAUUUGGACAUGUCUCCAUUUAUAUCCAAUAAGGCCAACUGCAUUAAUUACCAAAGAAAGAGCUUCUCAUACAUAGAAGGUGUUGCUGCCAUGAAGAGAAUGAAUAUUGAAGAAGAUGAAGAAGAAGAAGAAGAGGAGAAAAUGGACAUGUUAUGGGAGAAUUUGAAUGAAGAAAUAUCCAACAAAAUUAUGACAAGGAAUACUUGUGGGAAAGAUACAGAUAAGGUGGAAUUUAAAUGUAUUAAAUCUUUGAAUCUUUCCAAAGCAAGCAAAAGGCCAAGCUUAGUGGUUCUCAUCAAAGUCUUGAAAAAGGUGUUCUUGUAA